AGCAGUACUUUGACAGUGUCAAAUGUGACCUGGGAGGAUGCUGGCAUGUACCACUGUGGAGUCAUGAAUGAGUACGAUGUCAGCUUUGGACCAGGGACUGAGGUGGUGGUUGAUGGAAAGUCCAAACCUCCACCUUCACUCCUGCCAUCUGUUCCUCCUUCACUCCUGCCAUCUGUUCCUCCUUCACUCCUUCAGUCUGUGGUCCAGAGUCCAGACUAUAUCAAAGUGCAGCCAGGAGAUUCUGUGACUCUCAGCUGUUCAUUUAACACCAGCCACUGUGCAAAAGACCACAUCAGUGUCAUAUGGAAGAAAAGGAACUCAACUUCAAAAAUUAUUUCAUGGGGCAAUGGAACCAAGAAUAUUGUCUGUGAGAACCAAAUGAGCACUGGAGGAACUUCAUGUGUUACUGACCUGACUAUGAUCUGGAUGGACCUCAGUUCUGCUGGAGAUGAGACCUACCUCUGUGAAGUGACUGCCUGUGGACACACACUGCAGGGCAGAGGAACUAAAGUCCACCUGUACAAUGGAGAACCUUGUACAAAAGGAUCAUUUGAUGUGUUUAGUCUGAGCCCAACAGCUAUAGCUCUGAUGGGGUUGAACAUUGCUUUCGGAGUGUCCGUGCUUGUGCUUGUGCUUGUGCUGGUGGUGUGCAGCAACCACAGAAAACAAGACCCAGAUAUUGGCCGUGGAGCUAAUCAGGACAUCAAGGGUGAAGAUGAAAUCAUGUAUGCACGCGUGAAUGUAGGUCCCAUCAGAGCCACUGAAGAGACACCUGACGAGGAGGCAUCACUUUACUCUCAAGUGAAGAUUCGUCCAAAAGAUACAACAUCACAUAAGUAGAAUUUACUUAGAUAAUAAUUCAUCCGCCUUACACAGCACAUUUACAGAAGCUCAAUGUAUUCCAAUAUGCUAUGCACUUUUUUUUUGUUCUGUAGUUGCAAACUCUCUCUCUCCCUCUUAGAAGUACUAAAGCGAGUGAGCUAAGUGAAAACCAUUAUCUUGCAUAUGAUA